AUGAAGCUAGACAUCGGGACUGAUCUAAAUCAAUGGAUGCGUAAACUCAUCCAUUCGAGGAAACUCAAGGGCAACCAUCCCAAUAGAGUGGUCAGCGACGAAAAGAAGCCGACUCUCCGUGCCCAUUCGGCUCUUUCGCAGGACCACGAAGUACUCAACGACGUAACACCGUCAAGCCUCCGACUAGUGAUCCACUCGACUCUCAAAGCUCAGAGCGCUGAACCGACUCAGGUUCUGGUGAUCCGCGGCGAACACAAUAGCUUCGAAAAAAAGCCGCUGUCGGCCCACAAAGUGAAGUCGCUGGAAAAAGCUUGCCCCUCGCUAAGACAACUGGCGAUCGAAGAUAUUAACAUGAGCACCAAUCAACGGAGAAAGCGGAUUAGUUUGGCUCAUUUUCCCACAACUUUAUGCUUGCUCUCGAUUCGAGACUCGAUCAUCGAAGUUGGAACGUUCCUCAAGUCGUCGCAUGACUUCUACAAUAUCAGAGUCCUUGAUCUCGGGAGAAGUCUCGACGUUCGAAAAACCGAUGCUGCGUGGCCACCCAUGGCCAACGUCGAAGAGCUCUACCUCGAUGGAACACAGGGUUUCGGAAGCGCUGACUUCUUGCAAACGAUACUAGUCAAUUGUCCUCUGCUCAAGGUCCUGGAUCUGGAAGGGAGCGAUAUUGGUCCCGAGUCGCUGGAGCUCGUGGCGAGACUGGCCCCCCAAGUUGAGACACUCUACCUCGGCUUCACGGGGAUCCAGGACAUUAAUUUCAUCCACAUGGAGCGCCAAAAGAUGAAUCUGCGAUGUCUCCUGACGUUGUGUCUGGCCGACACGCAGGUCAGCAACUGCGGUCUGGAGUCCCUACGAAAAGUGGCGCCGAACUUGCGUAAUGUGACCGUAAACGGUUUCACCGUGACGCACACCGAGAACCCGGAGGAUGUCUUUCUACCCUUGCGUAUCCGCCGCACUUGCAACGUGCAUAUCGGAGCGGUUUUCCGGAAUCACGGUUGUGGCCACUUCAAAGAAGCGCAUCGCCUGCAGUCUUGA